AUGUCCAAACAUCUGGGCGAAGAGAGCCAUCGCGGGGAGGGCAAAUCCUCUACGGUGCGCAUCACGAAGGAGACGAUACAAUCGCUCAACUACUACGAAAUAUUCCACCUCCCAUCCCCGGUUUCCUCCCCCACCUCCAUCUCCGCGAGUCUUAUCAAUGCCCAGGCGCUUCAACGAGCGUACCGCCGCUACUCGCUGCUUUUUCACCCCGAUAAGGACCCCUCCCCAGCCGCGCGGGAGGCCUUCGAGCGGGUGAAAAUCGCCUUGGAAACCCUCAUCGACGAGGAAAAGCGCCGCAGCUAUGACGCCUCGUUGCGUGGCGAGAGCGAAGGGGCAGGGGAUAACGCCGAGGAGCUACGGCGGAAGCGGCAGGCGGAGGAGGACGCCCAGUGGGCGGCGUUUAUCCUCCGGCAAAAAGAGUAUCAAAAAGAGGCGUCGGAGGAUGCCAAACGCCGCGAUAUCGCCGAGCGGGAGGAGGCGAUGCGGCGCAUUCAGGAAGAGCUCACCAGCUCUCUGGAAACCCCUUUUAAGCAGAUGGAACGGGAGGUAGUCAAUGACUGGGAUGUCGACGCCGAGCUCUUGCAAAUGAAGCUGCAGGAGAUUGAGAAACUCAUGCAGGAGAUCCGUUCGCAAACGUUUGAUCCCGAGGACGACGUGACGACGCGUUGGAAACGAAGCAAGGCAGAAAAAGUGUAA